CAGGCAUGGGUAUUUCCACGUAGUGAACAAUGACUACACGCACUGGGAAAUGUAUGCCAUUGGAGGAAGUGCUAAUCCCACGAUUAAUAGCCAGGGCAACAGAUAUCUUGCCCCUGCCAACGCUUUUGCCAAAGAGGUGACAAAAAGGGUAGACACGGAAACUGGAGUAUGGAGGCAUUGGAAUUGGAGAUCAGAAGGCGACCUCCUGCUAAACGGAGCCUACUUCAUUCCAUCAGGAGCUGGAGCUGCAGCCAGCUAUGCCAGGGCCUCAAGCUUAGGGGCCAAGUCCUCAUCGAUGGUCGGGGACAUCACUUCAACUGCUGGAGCCCUAGUCUGCCGCAGGGGUCGCCGAUGUUAGUUCCCAAUCCCAUCAAUAGUUUCAAAAAACAAAAAAGAUGAGUACAAAAAAAACAUUCAAAAUUUUUCAUUUUCCUCCCCCUGUUAUUGUUAUAAUAGCAGUAUCCAGUAAGAUUGCAGCUACUCUGUUUACAAUAUCCCCUUCUCUGUAUUUCUCCACGAUGCCCUGCCCACCAAAUACCUGGCAAGUGUACAUUUAUACUACAUGCGCCAUACUGCUGUCACACCACCAUGCAAUAUUCCACCUGUAACCUUCGCCACCGAUCGACCUCGGCCUGCUUUAAAUGCUGCAGUGUUGUUCCACAUCUCUAUUCCUCGUAGAGUAUAGUCCAUUUGCUUCUUCUCUACUGUAUAAUUCAAUUCUCUAUUGGAUCGGCAUGUCACAGAUAUUGUUUAAUUUGCUAGCCCCAAGGUUCUUUUCUCUAA